AUGGCAUCCUACUACAGAAUGCCCGAUCUUGCUGGUUUCCGCGAUCUUCUCGCAACAAAAUGGAAACAUGCGAUGGAAAAACUUUCGGUGGCGCACUUUGUUUUUGUUUGGUUGUUGAUGCCAUUGAUGUCACUAUGGGUUCCAAUUUAUAUUCUCUUCCAAACUCAGCUUUGGCCUACUGUUCCAGUCUAUAUGGCGUGGAUGGUUUAUGAUUGGAAAACACCGCGUCGUGGUGGGCGAACCAUGAGUUGGUAUCAGCGACUUGGAAUGUGGAAUCAUUUCCGUGAUUACUUUCCAAUAAAGCUCGUCAAAACAGUUGAUCUAUCUCCAGACCGAAAUUACAUUAUGGGUUCACAUCCGCAUGGAGUUCUUUGUGUUGGCGCCUUCAGCAAUUUUCUAACAGCUUCAAGUAAAUUCACCGAGUUCUAUCCCGGUUUGGACCCAACAAUUUUGACGUUGGAUGGUCAAUUCAAGUUUCCUCUACGUCGAGAAAUUGCGUUGGCAACUGGGGGCGUUUCUUCAUCUCGUGAUUCAUUGGAAUGGCUUCUAAAGAAUCCCGGAAAAGGACGAGCUGUUGCUGUGGUGGUUGGCGGAGCGGAAGAAGCCUUGGAUGCUAGGCCUGGUUCAACACGUUUAAAGCUGUUGGGUCGAUACGGAUUUGUUCGCUAUGCCAUACAGUAUCAUUGCUGCCUUGUGCCAGUUUUCAACUUUGGAGAAAACGAUCUGUAUUCUCAACAAGAAAAUCAACAAGGGUCUCGCCUACGUUCCAUUCAAGGCAAGAUCAAAAGUUGGUGUGGCUUUGCACCACCAUUGCUUCAUGGCUGUGGCCUUCUGGCACCUAUGGGUCUUCUCCCUUUUCGUUCCCCGGUUACAACGCUCAUUGGAAAGCCUAUUUGUUGCAAGAUUGAUGGACACGAGUAUGGAACUUUGCCAAGUGAAGAACUCGUGAUAAAACAACAUUCACUCUACAUGCAAGGGCUCGUCGAUCUUUUUGAAGCAAACAAAACACUUCAUGGAAAUUUUAAAGAUGAUGAUCAUUUGGAAUUCGUU